GACUCUGACCAUGGUGAACUACGAUAGUCAAGUCCAGAUUCGGGAUCUAGUACAGCAGCUUCAGCACCCAGUAACAGAAUUGAAGUCUAUUUUGGCUCUCCUUGCUGCCCCCCUUGACUCUCUUCGGCUCCUUCCUCCUCAGUUUGCAUCCUGUAACGUCCAUCCACUACCUCCAGAUUCUAUCAGGGUCUUGAAACACCUUCCCUCGAUUCAAAAAUCCUUGCUUGAACGUGUAAUUCCGACAUGGGAUUCCGUGUUGCAACACGAAGGUGCUUUUAUUCUGGUUGAACAGUAUUUCUGUCCGGAUCUGUUUUCUUUCACGCCGCCGUUCGCUGGAGAAGUGGCUUCCUCUGCUUAUUCGACCCUUAUGUCUUCGCCGAUUACCAACGUCUCUGUCAGUCUGUUGGUUAGACUGGUCAGGGAGUAUCCAAUUGACAAGCUUUACUCGGUUGUUUUUUCGGGGAACGGUGACGGUUCCAAACAGGAGCUGAGGUGGGAUGAAUGUGUUCAGAAUGCCGUCUCAGUGCCUGCAAAAAUAGCUAAUUAUUUUGGGGAGGAAGGUCGAGUGCCAGACGUAUUGGAACAUGGAAUCUAUUUCAAUUACCUCUGUACACGUUGUGAACAUCUUAUCGCGUUGUUAUCCCAGGCUUCCAACAAAAACUAUCCAUCGAUAACCUUCCUCCUUACCAGAUUGACCAAAAUCGGAGCAUUUCCCUCCACGGUCCCCACCUCCCGAUCCCAGCCCUCGUUUUUCCAGACUGUGCUCCCAACGAUAAGGGAAAGACUUACGGAGUCAGGUUCUACCAUCUAUUCACAAAUGUGGUCACAUAUCUUGCAGUCAUUUCCCACGUCACUUCCCCUUCGAACUCUCCUUAUCUCCCUAUUCGCGCACUUGAAAAAGUGCGAUUCCCAAAACGCAGAUGUCCAUACCCGGGUUCUGGUCAAACAGGAGGCACAGUUACUUCAGGACCUCUGUCCUUUAAGCAGCGACAACGUCGAGCUUUGGGAAUGUGUUUCUACGAUUAUACUCAAUCGUAACUGGGAAGAGAGCUAUGCCCGCGUAUUUGCUGGCUGGUUCUCCCUGUGCGGCACUUCUCAGAGAAAUGACAUUGCCCUACAGCAGUUACUUGACGAAGUGCUUGCACAAUGGUCAUCGCCUGACCAUAUCAAACAUUCACUACUUCCCCAUCAUCGUUAUUUGACAAUGUUGUUUUUGCUGACCAUAACAUACCUCCCUAUCCCCUUCGUGGCGUCUAUAACUUCUGGUCGGUUCAUCAGCGGUGUCGGGAUCUACAUCAGUCAGGUGGAUAAUUCCAUACGCCAUUAUGGAAUGCUCGUCGCAGAGGUAGUUGCUGAGCGUUCUGGAAAGAAGUUGGAUUUUAAAGACUGGGCAGGCGAGGAUAGCGACAAACUCUGGUGCAGGAAGAUAAGAGAGCUUAUCCAAACUCGAGAUGUUGAUGUCGAGGUCCAGACCUUAAAACCUCAGGAGGAAAUCACCGCUAGUCUCAACGCACCCCCAAUCCGAGAAGCCCCAUCCCUGUCACAAAAGACAGUUGUUAGAAAUCCAGAAGGCGGCUACGAUUCCGAUGACUCUAUGACGGGCUACAACUCCCCGCCUUCGUCUCGCUCCAACUCCCCUACUCCCUCGGAAUUGGAGGAUAUUCACAAUGACCCUUCUCUAGCCGUCGGAACGAAGAAAAUUCAGAAGCCUGUGUACCUCGCACAGCUUGGUGCUAUGAUUCGAGGGCCUUCAGGCCUCACGAAUGGUAGUGCCAACGAGGAAGCAGACAAGAUUGAGAUGGCUCUUAACUGUGCAACGGAACUAAUAAGAAAGAAAAAAGACUUUGGAACAGAGCUCGAUGAAAACGCCGUGAAUCUGGCGUAUGGCCUUAUCGGUCUACAAGACAAUUACAAUCUUCAAGACUUCGAGCGCAAGCGACAAGAUGCCCUGAACGCACUGGUGGCUUGCUGUCCGCGUACAACCGCUCCCUGCAUUAUUGAAGAGUUUUUCAAGAAUCAGUACUCGACCAACCAGCGCUACGUCAUUCUCAAUGCGUUGGCUAUAGGUGCACGUGAAUUGGGAUCGCUCACAACGUCUAUCGCUCAGGAUACAUCACUUUUUCCUAGUAAAAGGCUUCCUCCAGCACUGCAUCAGAAGUAUAUCGAUGAUCCUCCUGCCAUUAGCUCUCUAGUACCACACUUACUGGACGACGUCACUCGAAACUCCCUUGAUCGAGGGAGAGAGAUAGCGUCAAAUAAAGUCCCCAAGCUAAUUCGAGAGCGAAGGCUCCGCGUUUCGAAGCCAGCAAAAAUCAUGGAGAUGAACGCCCCUUCUCCUGUUGCUCAACAGACCUCGUUCAACGAGGUGGGACCGGGAUCUUUCAUUGGGCCCAUCAUUAAUAGAUUUUGGUUAUUCCUAAGAGACGAGCAAACGCGAGAGGAACGGACUGCACAUCUCGAUGGUCGCAGUCGCUACCACGGUGCUGGCACAGGGUUAAUUCUUAACCCGCUUGUGUUGGCACAAUUUCUGCGAACAUUAGCAUUGAUGGUCCAUGCGGCGCGUAAUGCUCCCGAGUGGUUAGCUGUUAUUGCACCUGAUGCACUUGAGCUCUCGGCUACUCUCGGGACGCGUCCGGUAUCUCAUGCUGAAAAUGACGACGACGACGAAUCGCCAGAACAAAAUAGGGCUAGCAAGGAAGCGUCUGUUUUGACCGCUGCAUUGGAACUGUCGCUAGUUGUUUUUGAUCAAUGUCUAGAGCUUGAUCGUGGCCGUUCGCUGAGUUUAGAAAACACAACACUUUUGCUAGGUGUCGGGGAGUGGGCUGGAUCCGUCCUGUCAAGUUUGGAAAGCGGUAUAAAGGUUCCUGGUGGCGGUGGAGCACAGGAGAUAAGUUUACGACGUGCUGCUGCUGGUGUGGUGUUGAAAGUGGACGAGAUUACUUCUCGGUGGCGUAGAUCUAUGAUAGAUACAUGGUAAUGACACCAGAGUCAUAUCCCUAACCAGCCUGAGGUAGUAACUUAGUAUACAAAAAGAUAAGUUUAGGGUAUAAGCUGGCGCGUCCGAGGCGCGUUGUACAGUAAACACGAGGUGUCACGGUC